AUGCCUGGGAGGUCCGAGACAGUGCACGGUGGCAAUGGGGAGGGUCCCGCGCCCACUGUGCCGCAAGGAAAUUGUCGGAGGAGAGCGAGGCCGGUGCUUGAGGGUGGCACAGAUCAACUCGCUGCGACUCGCAGAAGAAUGGAGGAAGCGCGGCAACCACAGUGGACUCUUGACAGUCGUGUGGAAGAUGUGCCGCUGGAGGCAAUGGCUCGCAGCACCAACAUGAAGCUGAGUGAUUUUCUUUGGCAGAAUCUUGGCGGCAGGGGCGUUGUGGACACGAAUAGGAAUGUUUUGCUGAGGGAGUUCUUAAAGGACCCCACGAGGUAUAUCCGUGUUGAAGGAGUAUUGGACGAGAUACACGCAUCAUCUCAUUACGAGAGGGUCAGGAAUGAUCUAGGGAAUAAAGUGGUUUUUGAUGAAGAUGUACGCAAGCUUGAAGAGAAUGGUGUAAAUACCCUAAUCGACUGGCUAGAAGCUGCUGCGGAGGUAAAAGCAAGUGUUCGUGACAUCACUAAACAUUUUUUGAAUGCAUUCCUUGAAGGCGUGAGGAACUCAAUGAGGAUGAGUGCAUCGAAUAAACUGGAGGGAUGCUACGAGUCUGUGUACAAUGUGAGGUGGCAUCAUGUCGUGGAAGUUCCUGGCGGCGAGGGGACGGUAAUGGAGGUGAAGGAGGGUGAAACCACCGCAGUCAUGGACUUACAAUGCAGUUGGCGAAACUCUCGAAAGGAUAACGGUGUGGAGGAACCCGGUGCAGCGCGUCCCAGGCUGAUGGUGCUCACCUCGGAGAAGGGAUGGCCGUACUCGUGGAAUCGGAAGGGGGCAGAAUUCACUCGUGACUGCUACGUGAACUGUCAGGUGGAGCGAGUGUGGCAGACCGUCAAGGACGAACUAACCAAGUGGUUCAGCAACUCUGACUUGACUCUCAAUUCUUCACCUUUGCCGCGUCUGUUGAUUGGGACGCCCGGAUUGGGAAUUCGAUGGCUGCCGGUUCGUACCUCCUCUACCAGCUGCUGCACUGCGAUGCGGAGAAAAUCCAGGUGGCUGCGUAUAAUGAAGAAAAAGACGAUUUCUCCAUGA